UUUAAAUUGGGAUCGAUCAUUUUGAGAAUAAAUGAAGAUGGCAGUGCUAUGAUGAAAACCAUUCUGGAUUUUUCAAUCAGAGAAACAAAUGACUACAAGGCAAAAAUUGCAAAAGCGUACCAUGAAAAAGAACUUGUCUCAAACGAGAAAUAGGGCCUUUGAUUUUUUAGAGGAAUGUGUCGCCAAAAAAGAGAAAAUAGAGCUAGAUUUAUAUCAAAAGUUCGUGACAGUUCUAAAUGAUAAAAAAGCAAAAAUACGCCAACUUCAACACACUAUUGAACAGCUGACAAAAGAAAAUAAUCUUAAAAAAAAGUCUUAUGAAGGAGAGAACGCAGACAUUGCAAAGAAUGAACAUGGAACUGAUGAAAAAGAUAACGAAGAUAACGUCAAAAAUAAAGAAUCACAGCAAAAUGAAACCAUGUCCUUGUUUCAAGAUACUGAUGAUCAAAUAGCUCCUGUUAAGAAGCGCGAACGUCGAAAGCGGUCUUCUGGAGUUCCUGUGAAAAAAACGCCUUCGAAAUCAUUUAUCCCUGAAGUUAAAAUGAGAGUUGAGUGCAGUAACACCAGCGAUGCAAGCACCGCUUCAAAUGAAAGCUUACAAUAUAACAGUCACAAAACUACAAGAACUCGAAAUAAUAAAGUUCCACGAUCAACAUUUACAGAAGAUAUCGACGAGUUGUUCGGAGAUAUGAUGUAAAGCAAUUAGCAAAUCGAAAACAAUGAGAACGUUUGACCUUCACUCAUUUGGCCAGAUAUUGACUUUAACAUAAUCUCUGAAUGAAGAACUACAAUUUAUUUCAUGUUUUAUGUUUUGUACGUAAAUACUAUUCUUCACUUGUGAGGAUUUUAUGAAAUAUCUAUUUUUGAUGUUUGAUGAAUUUCUAUAUAAAGUGGGGAACUUUUUUAUUAAUUAUCAACCAAAAGUGUUAAAUAUUAA